GUCAGGCAUUUGGUACCACAAGUCCCUGUAGCAGGCUGCUAAAUCCUAAGCUAGGGCAGCAUCCUAUUGUCAGUGAAUGAUGGCGGAGCUGAGUGGCUUGUCAUCAUUCUCGAAAAUUCUGAGCCUAGUGAGCUCUCUCUCCCUCUCCUACUUGCCUUAUUUUCCUUUCCGCCACUGCGGGGACUUUUUCUAAUUUGCAGCUUCCCUUUCCCUCCCCGGCACACACAGAUAGGAGCUGGUGGCUUUCAGACUGCGUCUGUCUGGAGCUAGAGAGGCAGAGCAAAGGGAGUGUUCUUGAAGCAGGUUUCUGCAGCAGCGCUUACAGACUGGAUUUGGGAGCCCUGCUGCAUACGCACCGAUUCUUCAGCUUGUCUCCAACAGAGGAAGCACUGAUUGGGAACCACUCAGUCAGAAAAUUAAAAGAAAGAAGCCAGAACACACCACCAGCCCUUUGAGAACACAGCAUAACAAACUUCACUACUUUACCACUUCCUUGACGAGCAGGAGACAGUACAGAGCUCUUAAAGAUGGCGGAUGAGCGGAAAGACGAAGGAAAGGCACCACACUGGACAGAGGCAGCUGCACACCCUCACCCUCCAGAGAUGAAGGACCAAGGCGGGGCAGAGGAAGGGCUGAGCCGCAGCGCCAAUGGAUUUCCAUACAGAGAGGAGGUGGAGGGUGCCUUCGGGGAGCACAGUUCACAGGGCACCUAUUCAGAUACCAAAGAGAAUGGGAUCAAUGGAGAACUGACCUCGGCUGACAGGGAAACAGCAGAGGAGGUAUCUGCAAGAAUAGUUCAAGUCGUCACGGCUGAAGCUGUGGCAGUCGUGAAAGGUGAACAGGAGAAGGAAGCCCAACACAAGGACAAGCCUGCAGCUCUGCCUUUAGCAGCAGAAGAAACAGCUAAUUUGCCACCGUCCCCACCACCAUCGCCAGCCUCAGAACAAACAGCAGCAGUGGAGGAAGAUGAAGGGGCUGAGGAUCAAGUGGGUCCUCUACACAGGUUCCCCAGCCAUGAGCCUGCCACCAGCGGGGAGAGGCGUAGGCUCCUAGCCCCCUCCAUCUCCGUGUCUGUGCCUGAUGAUGAGCCUUACAAUUCGGAUGAGGAGUACUAUGAGCAUCCUUUGUUCAGCUCAGAAUGGACUAGUGUGCUCCCCAGUGUCACAGCGCAGAGUGCAGAGGCCCCCUUAGGCCGGGAGAAAGAAGAAGAAACUCUAGAGGGUGCGGUGGCUGAGGAAAUGAAACCUGCCGCUCUUCCGGGGAAAGAGUGUGGGGCUGCUAAACCCCCAGCCCAGCCCCAGGGCCUCAGUGAGGGCCGAGCGGAAUCUAGUGCAGAGGAGCAUGUAGUUCCAGAAGACAGUGCCCUGGCAGGGGCUCCGCAUGAGAAAAGUGUAAAAGAGGUCACGGAAGUGGCUCCAGAAGUAAAAAUCCCUUCCUCUGCCAAGGAAGAUUUACUUACAGCCUCGAAGAUGGAAUUCCCUGAGCAGCAGAAACUGCCUUCCUCUUUCGCUGAGCCUUUAGACAAGGAUGAAAAGGAGUUCAAGAUGCAGAGCAAGCCUGGUGAAGACUUUGAACACACUGCCUUAGUUCCUCAGCCAGAGACAACUAAAACUCCCCAUGACAAAAAGGAUAUCCAAGGCGCAGAAGGAGAAAAGUCACCUACCAUUCCAUUUGCACAGACUUUUGGUACCAACCUUGAAGACAUAAAACAGAGCCCAGAAACAAGCAUAGCAGUACCUAGCAUUGGCCUCUCUGCAGAGCCAAAAGGGCAGAAAGACUGGUUCAUCGAAAUGCCGAUGGAAUCCAAGAAGGAUGAAUGGGGUCUAGCUGCCCCAAUAUCUCCUGGUCCCUUGACACCCAUGAGGGAAAAAGAUGUACUAGAGGAUAUCCCAAGAUGGGAAGGGAAGCAGUUUGACUCACCCAUGCCAAGUCCCUUUCACAGUGGAAGUUUCACUCUUCCUUUAGAUACUAUGAAGAAUGAGGGAGUUGCAGAAGUGUCCAGACCCUUUGCCCCUGUCUUCUUCCAACCAGAUGACAAAACGUCUCUGCAGGACACCACUGGUCUAGCUACUGCCAAAGAUAGUUCCAGAGAUGAGGAGCCACAGAAAGAUAGCGCAGACAAGGUGGUAGAUGUUCCAGUCUCAGAAGCUGCCACUUUACCCAAAGAUGUUCAUAGUCCAUUUCUGGAAGGAUAUGUCAGGGACAAUGUUUCAGGGGAAGAAGAGAGUAUCACAAAUCAAGAGAAAAAAGAAACUUCAACACCCAGUAGACAGGAGCCUACGCUCCAUGAAAACGAACCACAGACAAAGCUUGAAGAUAAAACAACUGUUUCCAUUGAAGAAGCUGUGGCAAAAGAACACGAAACCCCAAAACUGAGAGAUGAUAAAACAGAUGUGAUUCAGAUCUCCACUGAGCAUUCUAUCUCCAAAGAAGAACAGAAAGUCCAAGGACAUUCAGCCGAAGAGUUAAAACAGGACUCCUUCCCUGUAAGUCUGGAACAAGCAGUUACAGAUCUAGCCAUGGCCUCCAAGACCUUGGAAAAAGUGACACCUGAGCCAGAGGCAGUAAGUGAAAAGAGAGAAAUCCAGGGACUUUUUGAGGAGAACAUAGCUGUCAAAGAUAAGUUGGAAGGAGUUGGAUCUGCAACAGUAGCUGAGGUUGAUGUGCCAUUUUAUGAAGAUAAAUCUGGGAUGUCCAAGUAUUUUGAAACAUCUACACUGAAAGAAGAAGAGACAAAGAGCAAACAGUUGGGCAGUGAUUACUAUGAACUGAGUGAUGCGAGAGGAAGUACCGAGGAAUCGCUUGACACUGCAUCUCCCAAGAAUCAACCCGAUGAAAAGGAACUUCCGGCCAAAGAAUCCCAGCCGAGCGCUCCAGCGCAAGAAGCAGGGUACAGCACUCUGGCCCAGGGUUAUGCAUCUGAUUAUCCACCUGAGUUACCUGAAGAACCAAGUUCUCCUCAAGAAAGAAUGUUCACUAUUGACCCAAAAGUUUACGGGGAGAAAAGAGGCCUUCACAGUAAGAACAAGGAUGAUCUGACACUGAGUCGAAGUUUAGGGCUUGGUGGUAGGUCUGCCAUAGAACAAAGAAGCAUGUCUAUCAAUUUGCCCAUGUCUUGCCUCGAUUCCAUUGCCCUUGGGUUUAACUUUGGCCGUGGCCAUGAUCUCUCCCCUCUGGCUUCUGAUAUUCUAACAAACACUAGCGGAAGCAUGGAUGAAGGAGAUGAUUACCUGCCGCCCACCACACCAGCAGUAGAGAAAGUCCCUUGCUUCCCAACAGAGAGCAAAGAGGAAGAAGGGAAGACGGAGGAAGCAAAAACGACUGGGGAGCAGACCAUUCAAGUUGAAACAUCUUCUGAGUCACCCUUCCCAGCCAAAGAAUAUUAUAAAAAUGGUACUGUCAUGGCCCCUGAUCUGCCUGAGAUGCUAGAUCUGGCAGGAACCAGGUCCAGAUUAGCUUCUGUGAGUGCAGAGGCUGAGGUCGCCAGGAGGAAAUCAGUCCCGUCCGAGGCUGUGGUUGCUGAGAGUAGUACAGGUUUGCCACCUGUCGCUGAUGAAAACCAAGUCACUGUAAAACCUGACAGUCAGCUUGAAGACAUGGGAUACUGUGUGUUCAAUAAAUACACAGUCCCUCUCCCGUCACCAGUUCAAGACAGUGAGAAUCUGUCAGGAGAGAGUGGUUCAUUUUAUGAAGGAACCGAUGACAAGGUCCGUAGAGAUUUGGCCACAGACCUUUCCCUGAUUGAAGUAAAACUUGCAGCUGCUGGAAGGGUCAAAGAAGAGAUUGCUGCCGAGAAAGAGGCAUCUUCACCCACAUCUGCUGACAAAUCAGGACUGAGUAGGGAGUUUGACCAUGACAGGAAACCUAGCGACAAACUGGAUACUGUCCUAGAGAAGAGCGAAGAGCAUGUUGAUUCAAAAGAACAUGCCAAGGAGACAGAAGAGGCCAGUGAUAAAGUAGAGCUCUUCGGAUUAGGUAUAACCUAUGAGCAAGCCUCCACCAAUGUACUGGCAACAACAACUAAAGAUGCAUCACCUGAGAAAGCAGAAAAAGGUCUCAGUUCAGUGCCAGAGGUAGCUGAGGCAGAGCAAACCACAAAAGCCGAUCAAGGUCUAGAUUUUGCUGCAAAGAUAGCUGAGCAGUGUCAGUUAGAUAUAAAAGUCAGUGACUUUGGACAAAUGGCAUCGGGGAUGAAUGUGGAUGCUGGAAAAGCCACAGAGCUUAAGUUCGAGGCUUUACCCCAAGAAGCAGAUACAUUCAUGGGUGUUGAGUCUGGCCACAUGAAAGAAGGUGUCAAAGUCAAUGAAACAGAAGUCAAAGAGAAGGUGGCAAAGCCUGACUUGGUGCAUCAGGAGGCUGUAGACAAAGAAGAGUCCUACGAGUCUAGUGGUGAGCACGAAAGCCUCACCAUGGAGUCUCUGAAGCCUGACGAGGGCAAGAAGGAAAUCUCUCCAGAGUCAUCACUCAUUCAAGAUGAAGUUGCCCUAAAACUGUCUGUGGAAAUCCCUUGCCCGCCUCCUGUUUCAGAGGCUGGUUCAUCCACUGAUGAGAAAGCUGAGGUCCAAAUGGAAUUUAUUCAGCUGCCCAAGGAAGAGAGCACAGAGACUCCGGAUAUACCUGCCAUACCUUCUGAUGUCACCCAGCCACAGCCUGAAGCAAUUGUGUCUGAACCAGCAGAGGUCCCAAGUGAGGAAGAAGAGAUAGAAGCUAGGGGAGAAUAUGACAAACUGCUCUUCCGUUCAGAUACCCUCCAGAUUACUGACCUGGUUGUCCCAGCAAGUAGGGAGGAAUUUGUGGAGACCUGCCCAGGUGAGCACAAAGGUGUGAUUGAGUCUGUGGUGACCAUUGAGGAUGAUUUCAUCACUGUAGUGCAAACCACGACUGAUGAAGGGGAGUCGGGGUCCCAUAGUGUGCGCUUUGCAGCUCUAGCUCAGCCUGAGGAAGAAAGGAGGCCAUGCCCUCAUGAUGAAGAGCUUGAGGCAGAGAUGGCAGCAGAAGCCCAGGCAGAACCCAAGGAUGGCUCUCCAGAUGCUCCAGCUGAGAAAGAAGAAGUUGCAUACUCGGAAUACAAAACAGAAACCUAUGACGAUUACAAGGACGAGACCACCAUUGAUGACUCCAUCAUGGAUGCCGACAGCCUAUGGGUGGACACUCAAGAUGAUGAUAGAAGCAUCAUGACAGAACAGUUAGAAACUAUUCCUAAAGAGGAGAAAGCUGAGAAGGAAGCUCGGAGACCAUCUCUCGAGAAACAUAGAAAAGAAAAACCUUUUAAAACUGGGAGAGGCAGAAUUUCCACUCCUGAAAGAAAAGUAGCUAAAAAGGAACCUAGCACGGUCUCCAGAGAUGAAGUGAGAAGGAAAAAAGCAGUUUAUAAGAAGGCUGAACUUGCUAAAAAAACAGAAGUUCAGGCCCACUCUCCUUCCAGGAAAUUCAUUUUAAAACCUGCUAUCAAAUACACUAGACCAACUCAUCUCUCCUGUGUUAAGCGGAAAACCACAGCAGCAAGUGGUGAAUCAGCUCAGGCCCCCAGUGCAUUUAAGCAGGCGAAGGACAAAGUCACUGAUGGAAUAACCAAGAGCCCGGAAAAGCGAUCUUCCCUCCCGAGACCUUCCUCCAUCCUCCCUCCUCGCAGGGGUGUGUCAGGAGACAGGGAGGAGAACUCCUUCUCUCUGAACAGCUCCAUCUCUUCAGCACGACGGACCACAAGGUCAGAGCCAAUUCGCAGAGCUGGAAAGAGUGGCACCUCAACACCUACCACUCCUGGAUCCACUGCAAUCACCCCUGGCACUCCCCCAAGCUACUCUUCACGCACCCCAGGCACCCCUGGGACUCCCAGCUACCCCAGAACACCAGGAACCCCCAAAUCUGCUAUCUUGGUGCCCAGUGAGAAGAAGGUCGCCAUCAUCCGCACUCCUCCAAAGUCCCCAGCCACUCCCAAGCAGCUUCGGCUGAUUAACCAGCCCCUGCCAGACCUGAAGAAUGUCAAAUCCAAAAUCGGCUCAACUGACAACAUCAAAUACCAGCCUAAGGGGGGCCAGGUUAGGAUUUUAAACAAGAAGAUCGAUUUUAGCAAAGUUCAGUCAAGAUGUGGUUCCAAGGAUAACAUCAAACAUUCUGCUGGGGGCGGAAAUGUACAGAUUGUUACUAAGAAGAUAGAUUUAAGCCAUGUGACAUCCAAAUGUGGCUCUCUAAAGAACAUCCGUCACAGGCCAGGUGGUGGCCGUGUGAAAAUUGAGAGUGUAAAACUGGACUUCAAGGAAAAGGCCCAAGCUAAAGUUGGUUCACUUGACAAUGCUCACCAUGUACCUGGAGGUGGUAAUGUGAAGAUUGACAGCCAAAAGUUGAACUUCAGAGAGCAUGCAAAGGCCCGCGUAGACCAUGGGGCUGAGAUCAUCACACAGUCCCCAAGCAGGUCAAGCGUGGCAUCCCCCCGACGGCUCAGCAAUGUCUCCUCUUCUGGGAGCAUCAACCUGCUCGAAUCCCCUCAGCUUGCCACUUUGGCUGAGGACGUCACUGCUGCGCUUGCUAAGCAGGGCUUGUGAAUACUUCUCCUUUAGCACUGGAGAAAUAUUUAGGCAUGAGCUCUUGGCAGGAGUGGGCUCUGAGCAGGUGUCACAUUCAUUCUCUACAAACCAUAGAUAAAUAAUCUCAUCCCCCAAACUGUAGUAAUUGUUACAAUUUUAUAUUAAAAAAAUGAAUAGUAUAUGCAGAAAAUGACCUGAUUUCCAUCCGCAACAGAAACACAUGGCUUUACAUGGAUACAAUUGGACAAUUAUUUUCGCUCUGCUCUGUUUUGCAUGGAGUAUUAUUAUUAUUAUUAUAAUUUUUAAAAAUUGCAUUUUUACCUUUCAUGUGCCUGAAGGCUAUCCAAUACAUUCUGAAAGGCCUUGUUAAAAAUCCAAGCUGCUCAUUUCACUAUUCUGUUUAUGGUUGAAAAUAUUAAAAACUGCCCAUUGUCACUUACUACAGGUUAAAUGAAAUCAAGGAGUCUGAUUGCAGGAAGGAAAGAGCAUGUGAGAAACACAUUUUUUUUUAAAAGUGUUAUUUUGUAUAAAUGGGAAGAAAGAUGUAACUAAGUUAUUAACAUUUGGGACCUGGAUGAUUAUAUCAGAGUAUACCAUUCCAAUAAAUUAUUUAACUAAAAGCUAGAUAUAAAGCAUCUGAGCUGCGGUUGAAGAAGUAGUGUCAAAGUGCAUCUCUCAAGAGUGAUGCACUUUAGGAUGGGCUUGUGUCUGAUUAGAAUGUAAGUUGAUUGGCUAGAUUUGUGUCCACACAAUCAGUUUCACACCCCCAUUUCAUCUGUUUGAUACAGUAUUAUAGAUAUAAAUAUAUAUAUAUAUAUUUCUCUGUGGCCAUUUGUGAUACUUCCUCAUAUACUUGAAUAUGAUACAUCUUUAUUCACAGUAUCUGUGUCUCCUGCACCCUUUGGUGUUGCGAUUUUAGGUAUGUGUGAGUAGAUGUUAGCAGGGUUCUCUCUCCCUAUUUAAAACUACAUUUUAAAAAGAUGAAACGUUUUAGCAUGAAGUUUGCUUCUCUGUAACAACUUAAAGCUGUAACCCUGUUUCAGUGGCAGAAUCAAGUCUCUCCCGUGAUGCUAGAAAUUUUUAUUUUUCUUUGCUCUCACCGACAUGGAGUUUGUGGAGUGGGUCCAGUUAUACAUAGAAGGGUUACAGACUGUUGGUUCAAGGAUCAUGGAUUGAUCUCAUGUUCAGCCACAGAAUAACUGGGUUUUAUUCCUAUAACCAUUCAUGAAACCGAUUCCUUAUUAUUUGUUUCCUCUCUUCUUUUUCUUGUUUCCAUUUGCUAAAGUUGAAACCAGGAAUAUGAUUUUGUAUAUGUUCUCCUGUUUUCCAAAUAGUAUCUGUUGAUUAAAUUCUCUGAUAUUUGGCUUCCAAACCCCAAAGACCCCUUGAUCAAAAAAAGGCAACAUAUUAAAAAGAUACAUACAUUAAAAACUUUGAGACACAGAUACCUAAGUUCAUCGCUCCAGGAUUCCACAUCGCCAUCUGUACAGGAACAUGGUAUGACUUAUUUAUCAGUAAAUAUUAUUCUUCUUAUUUCAAAUGCAGUCUAGACAUCACAAUUCAAUUAAUUCAAUUUAAAAAUAAUACUUUAUGAAUAAGCAAUAGUCAAUGGCCCAAAAUAGAGCAAAGCAUCAUCAAACCGGGUGGACUUUUUUCUUAAUAUUUUAUUUGUUCUUUUUCCUGCUCAGGAUUGGUAGAUUGACUCUGAAGAGUUAAAUGUGAGAAAUUGGCUAGGUUAUUUUUAUGUCUGUGAAACAAACCAAGCCCUGAAAAUAAAGGAGAAGGUGAAUAUGAGCAGGACAGAGAGGUGUCGGAGUAUCCAAAACAGAAGGCAAGGUGAUGCAAAACUGGAGAGAGACAGGUGGCGUUUUAGUGACCUAUGGAGUAUUAUGGCCAAUGGAAAGCCACAUGGAAAACUUAGCAUCAACCCGAGACUAUCUUCUCAGAUAAGAGGCUGAACACACACACACACACACACACACACACACACUCCAAAAACAUGUGUUUGUUUUUAAAUUGGUUCUUUUUGAAAUAAUUUGAAAACUACUGAAUAAUGUUUGUUUUCAAUUCAUCCGUUACCUUCUCUCAAAAUGCACAAGGAACAGAAAAAGAUAAUUGUGUGUGAAGAAGAACAGUCUUUUCUUACAUGUUUUGAUAGUGCUAGAUAUGGACUGAAGUUAUCUAGGAAGAAAGAAGUGAAUGGAUAAUUAGUGUGGUCUUAAACUAUAAGGAAAAUAAUUCCAGCCUAGUUUAUCAUAAAAAUUAAGAGUAAGAGAAUGUUUUCUAAGUGUUAAAAUUUAAUUUCUUAGAACGUGUGUUGGAAAUGAAAUGAGAUUAUGUAAGCCCCAAUGUUAAUAGAUCUGGCACUAAAAUAAUCAUUUAUUUCUAAUGUCAAGACAAUUAUAAUGAAUACAAGUUCCUGUUUUAUGUGGAAAUGUGAUUCUAUAUCAAGUUGACACCACACGAAGGAUCUGAAUUUUUGGACCAGACAGAGACAGAGAAAGGCACAGGCUACAACCAUUUUCUUAUGGGAAUCUGGGAUGGAUCCCACCGUACCUACUCUCUUAAGAUAAUGACUCAAAUUAAGCUUUUUGCACACCACUUCUGUGGGGAUACACAUACGCUGAUCUAGAAAUGAAAGCUUCACGGUUCCAUUUCUAGAUCCACUAAUGCCAGUUUCUCUUGGGCCCCGGCCUUUGAGAACCUGUUUAAGAAUACGUAAGUAUCCAGAGCUCUGAAGAGUUUGAAGGCCGACUUUUCCAGUGAACUCAUGCACUCUGGGUCUCCUGCGCCUGAAAAUUGGGUACCUUGCAACAAUGCGGGAAGGAUCCGAGCUUAUGAUGAGUUUCAAAGGCCGUGUUCAUUUAGGAACUAACUCUCUCUGGAUCCACCUGCUGAGUUCCAGCAGGAUGAGGGGCUGAAAUCCCACCCAUAGGAAAGAUGCCUGUGCAAUUCCAGUUCAGUUUGGCUGAAGGUAGCUGAAGGAAGAGGUCCAGGAAACAGAAAAAUAGACCCCGGUUGGCCUUCUCCACACACACACACACACACACACACACACACACACACAGGUGGCGUAGAAGGGAGGUCAGCAGCCGAACGGAGCAUCAUGUCAGCAGUAGUAAAGGAAUAGUCUAAACAUGCAUGCUUCUGCCGUAGCUGCAUUUAGAGUCUUCCUCUUAUUUUUCAUGCCGCAGGAAAGAAAGGAGAUGAUUUGUAGUAGAAGUAGCGAAGAAAAGUAGAUUAAUCGGUUGGAGAGGCAAAUUUCAGGCAUUUCUUCAAAGACGGAUAUGCUAAAAUCAGCACUGGUGUUUGUGGUUUUUACACCUAGAAUUUUGAGCCUGAACAUGUAGAAUGAGGCCAAGAGUCCUCUGUAGGGAAAAGAUUUUUUUUCAACCCCCCAAAAAAUGCCAAUCAUGAAAGUCCACUUCAACUUUAGCAAAAAGGAAAGAAAUUUUUUUCAACACAAAGUGUACUCUGUAUGCUGGGAUCCCAAGGUUCUGACACACCACUACAGAUCUGUGGGGGGGUCUUUCUUCUGAUAAUUCUAGAGCCUGUUACCAUAGAAAGGCAUUUCUUCAAUGGCUGGUUGUAGUUAGUUCAUGUUUUUCAAUCAAUUUGCAAAUGUAUUUGUUGCUGUAUAGUGAUUGUUUUGCAAAAUAAAAUUGCUUGUCACCUAA